AUGCCAACCAUUCUUUCAACAAGCAAUCCCUGGACCAGGUAUAAUAAAAAUAAAGAAAAUAACCCUAUUGAAAAAGAGUGUGACUCUGUUGAAGAAGAAAGCUCUAUAUUUAGUCAUAUGCAUAAUGUUUUGGUAGCAAGAAAUAUAAUUAAAUUAAGACAAGAAAAACUCUCUUGCUACAAAAAAACAUUUGAUGCUGCAAUAGCAUUAUAUGAGCGUGAGAUAAAUAAUGAUAAAUUUACUGGAAAUUUUGAUAGUUUAAUGAAACCAAUUGUCAAAGCAAUUAAUAAGUGUGAACAAGUGUUAAAUGCACGUAAGCAGCAGAGUACUACAGGAUCAUCUAAUAGAAAACUCUCAUUUUGGCUACAUUAA